AUGCGCCGAGCCCUUCGAGCCAAGAAUAAACUUGGUUUUAUUUCCGGUGCUCUUGUCAAACCUACUUUCCCCGCCGAUCCUUUACUCGAUUUGUGGGAGAGAUGCAACGACAUGGUGGUUUCUUGGCUUCAAAAUUCCAUCACCCCUUCCCUCAAAUCCAGCGUGGUGUUUGUUGAUAAUGCUGCUGAUAUUUGGCAAGAUCUCCAGGACCGUUUCUCUCAACAAAAUGGUCCUCGGAUUUUCCAGUUGAAGAAGGCGUUGGCUGGUCUUCUUCAAGAACACGAUCCGAAGGACUCUGUCCUUCAAUUUCUGAUGGGGUUGAACGAUUCCUAUUCCCCCAUCAGAGAUCAAAUAAUGUUGAUGGAUCCCAUUCCUCCGGUCACUAAGGUGUUUUCUCUAAUUCAACAACAAGAGAAACACCAUCAACUGAUCCCUAGCUUUUCCCCCACUGAAACACUUGCCCUUGCCGCCCAGAAAUCCUUUCCACCCAAAUCAAACCAUAAAUCCAAAAAGGACCGCCCCUAUUACACUCAUUGCAAAAUAACUGGCCACUCUAUGGAAAACUAUUUCAAGCUUGGUAAUGCCAUUGCCCCUCUGUGCUCUCAUUGUCACCUCACUGGUCACUCUGUUGAAAAGUGCUACAAAUUGAUGGGCUAUCCUCCCUGGCACAAAUUCCAUACCAAGCAGAAUUCCCUUUCUGUCCCACUUGCAAAUCAAGCUUCACUAUCUGUCGAUCAUGAAUUGGAAGUCUCCAGUGAUGACCGGAUGGGUUUGACCAAGCUUCAAUAUCAGCAACUGAUGUCUCUACUUCGACCUCAGGAUCCUCCAACAGCGGCUUCUGUUCUUCAUUCGAACAUCACUUCCAAACCUCCCAAUUUUGCUCUCUCGGCAUCUAAAAUGUCUGGACCUGCUUUCUUAGAAAACGAUUGGGAAGGGUGA